AUGUUUCAGAAAACAUCAAAUUGAAGGUGAUGACGUCAUGGAUUGGAAGGUCUUCUCCGAAGUCCUACGCUCCUUGGACUCGCAGUGCACCGACGCUCAGCUGGAGCUGCUGCGACGCCGCGGGGAGGGCGAAGCCACGCUUUCGGCGCCGGGCAUGCGAUUGGAGUCAGCCUUGAAGUGGAUCUUCAGCGGCCCCAAGCGACCUUCGUUGAAGAAAAAGAAAACCAAUGAAGAACUGGAAGCCUUGAUUGAAGCCCUCCGGGUUCGAACUGCUUCUGGGGCCUUGAUCUUGACCUUGGAUUCUGGCAGUAUGGAUCGCAGUGUCAUGCAAUUGAGAGCAGAAGUCGGAGCUCUUUUGGGCCGCUGCGUGGAUGAAGUGAAACUUAUCGCCUUUCAGAGACAGCUGGAGGAUGGAGAGACGUGCCAAAGCCUGGUGGCUUCGGAGGUUGACUGCUUGGAAGUCACAGCCAUCACCCAGGAGAUUCCGCAACUGGAUAACUCCAUCCCCGUCUUGGAGCAGCUUGAUGUCUUAAAGCAGAUGAUCAUGUCCUCCUCAUUGGAGUAUCAAAUUGAUUCUGCAACACAUUUGCGGAAAAUCCUCAGUGUCGAAGCCAAUCCUCCCAUCCAACGAGUGUUGGAACUUGGUGUGGCCCCACGGCUCUUGGAGCUGAGCCAGCAGAUGAGCACACCACAGUUGCAGUUCGAAACCUUGUGGGCGAUUCUGAACAUCGUGUCAGGCAAUGCCCAUCAGACACAAGCCAUUGUGGAUCUUGAUGCGGUGCCCAUUCUUUUGAAGAUCCUCAAAGAGAGCGCUUCUGAGGAUGUUCAAGACCAAGCAGUUUGGGCAAUUGGCAACAUUGCCGGGGAUUCGGUGCCACACCGGGACCUGUGCAUUGCAAACCAGGGGAUGCCUGCGGUUCUUCAGGUGCUUGAGACUUGCAAGAAGGUGAGCGGCCUCAGAAAUGCCAUGUGGACUGUCUCGAAUUUCUUCCGCGGGGCACCGAAACCCAACUUGGACGACCUCAGGCCAGCGUUACCUCUGCUGACGCGCCACUUGCGUGAAAGCACUGAUGUCGAGGUUUUGACGGAUGCUCUUUGGUCGCUCUCUUACAUUUCUGAUGGGCCCAACCACUACAUCCAGGCCGUGAUCGAUGCAGAGGUGGUGCCCCGUGUGGUGCAACUCUUACGCCAUGAGAGCGCCGGGGUGCAUACGCCCGCGCUGCGCACCGUGGGAAAUCUGGUCACUGGAGAUGAUUUGCAGACAGAUAUGGUGUUAAACAAUGAUCCUUUUGGGGCCGUGAUGCAGUUGAUGGCAAGCCCAAAGAUGAAGAUCCGGAAGGAGUGCUGCUGGUUGCUGUCCAACAUUUGUGCCGGGCCCUUAUAUCAAGUGCAGCAGAUCAGAGAUCAUGGAUUCUUUGACCAGUUCUCCAUCAUGGCGCGCGACGCGGAGCUCAGCGUGCGGAAGGAGGCAGCCUUCGCCAUCGCCAAUGCGAGCGAAAAGACGGAGGUCAUCAACGAUUUGAUGAAAGCAGGUUGUAUGACGGCCAUGCACGAACUUAUGGACAGUCAUGACCAUAAGAUGCAGGACCUCUGCCUUACCUUUAUUUCCAAUUUGCGCAAGGGCUUGGACGAAAUGCCGCCCUCGCAGCUGGACGACGUGGGUUGUGGUUGGGCUAAAGUGUGA